UUAAGAAAGGAUCAUAAAUAUCCUGGCCCAGUGCCCAGGAGCCAUGACAAGCAAAAGAACAUACUCGCCUAGUGAUAGCCCUUGUGAUAUUUAAAUGUGUGGUUAAUUUUUUAUCCACUUUAAUAACUGGAUUAUUCCCCUCUACCCCUCCUUUGCUUUCAAUUUCUGCUCCGAAGCCUUGGGCACAGAAAUCUCUGCAGGCAAAUUACUCCAGAGAAUAUUGCAGGACAGUCCUACAAGGAACAGUUCCAUUCACGGCAUCUGGAUUCCUGAUCCUUUUCCGACAUGGCAGGUGUGAGUGGCUGUAUAAAAUAUUCUAUGUUUAUCUUCAACUUCUUGUUCUGGCUAUGUGGCAUCUUGAUCCUGGGAGUAGCAAUUUGGAUACGAGUUAGCAAAGAUGGUCAAGAGAUUCUCAACUCUGGGGAUUUUGCCACUAGCCCCUAUAUUUCUGUGAACAUCUUGAUUGCUGUGGGGUCUAUCAUCAUGAUUCUGGGUUUCCUGGGAUGCUGUGGCGCCGUUAAAGAAAGCCGCUGUAUGCUUCUCUUGUUUUUCAUAGGCUUGCUUUUGAUCCUGCUCCUGCAGGUGGCAGCAGGUAUCUUAGGAGCUACUUUCAAAUCUGACUCUGAGCGCGUCCUGAAUGAGACUCUCUAUGAAAAUAUAAAGCUCUUAAGUAGAACAGAUGAGGAGGCGCAAGCAUUCCAGAAAGCCCUGAUGAAAUUCCAAGAAAAGUUUAAAUGCUGUGGUUUGGUCAAUGGAGCUGCUGACUGGGGAAAUAAUUUUCAAGAGAAUUAUAUGUCAUGUGAAUGUCCAGGUCCAUCAGAGUCUUCUUGUGUGAUGUAUAAAGGCAAAUAUGUUUACCAACAGCCAUGCAUUUCUUUCAUAAAAGAAAUAGUUGCAAAACAUUUUCUCAUAGUUAUUGGAAUAGCAUUUGGACUGGUGGUUAUUGAGGUACUUGGUCUGGUAUUUUCUAUGGUCCUGUACUGCCAGAUUGGGAGCAAAUGAAUCUGUGGAUGUGCCGAGCUAUCAUCCAUCAAGCCCCUUUAACAUUUUGCUUUGACUUUGUAACUUUGAAUAUACAAGUGCUGUACCCAUUAGGAGCGGCUGUCUUAUUAAAAUGUUUCAUUUAGAUAUAUCACAGGUAUCUUCCAGACAUACUGAACAUAUUUAAGAUGUGAGUGACACAAGGAAAAUGAUAUGAAUGAUUUUUACUUAAGAUAAAAGUAACCUUGUUUAUGCUGGUGUAUUUC